CCCACCCCGUCUCUCUAAAAGCGCUGUCUAUCUGUUCAAUGUAGGCUACUAUUCUCGGAGAGAGAAAGCAAGAGAGAAAGGGAGAAAAUAAUAACCUCCAAGAAUCGUGUAUUCCCGUCUUUCACCUUCCUCGACCAGCGGCCAGGAGGGGAGCGGCCUUCACGGUGGGAAUGUGCUGCUACAACAGACCCGCGUCCUACUUUUUGUGAAUGUAAAUGCACAUGUAGUGUCAAGUCUGUAGCCUGUUUACCCACCUAGGAUUCAGGAGGAAUCUUCAUAUGUGUAUAUAAAUGUAUGUUUGUAUGACAGCGUGUGUGCGUGUGCACAUGUAUAGGCCGUAUGUAGGUUAUAAAAGCCGAGCCUGACAGCGGGGGUAGCUUUUUCACCUGCAAGAAACGUGGAUACAUUUCGAGGGAUUUUCACGUCUUUGGUCACGUUUUCUUUUUCUGUUAUUUUGUCCCCCUCCUAUUUUUUUUUUUUUUUUUUUUCGUAAUGAUUUUCCCCCUCUCUCUCUUGAAGGGAUUCAUCGGAGUCGAGCCAGAAAUUAAGAAAAAAAAGUCUAUCGGUGCGCAGUUUUGGAGGCUUGGUGGUGAUGUGAGGGGCUGAUAACACAUUUCAGCAACAAAAGCGAGGGGCAGAGAGAGAGAAGGCCCUUUGGAGGAGAAAACAGCAAGGAACAGCCAUCACAUAUAAGGAGGACAAAUCGGAGGGGGGAUACUGGAUCAUUUCGGAUUUGGAGGUGGCGAGGGAUCAAGACGAAAAGACAACCGCAGUGAGUUUGGGGCUGAUUUGAUGCAGAGAAUGAAAAAGAGCCGGAUGACGACGGAAGAAGCGAGAAUGCCACACAUGUAGCUCGUUUGGGUGUAAAUAUUAUUUUCCUUACAGCUGUCCUGCUGGGUCCCCGACGAAGACAGCCGUCGGGGAGACAGAAAAAUAGAUAUAGAGUCUAAGUAUACACCCAUGGAAAUGUUUGUCAUGAAAAGCGACGUGGUAACGAGCGACGCUACAGCACAGGCGAGCUUUGCGGACACGCCGAGUUCGGCUCCUUGUCACGGGCAGCUGUGAGACGCAAGACCCGGGCUUUUGGAGAUGCAAAUUAGGCUGUUUUUUCUGCCUCCGUUUGAGGUGAACCGCCGUUUUUGGGUCUUAUAGCGGACAUUGUGGAUUACAAGUCUUUAUCUUACACGGCUGAAGGGGGGGAAGAGUUUGGAAAAACGAAACACAAACUACUGCAUAUAAAAGGGAAAAGCCCGAGCCGGAUUCAGCAAACUGAGAAGGCGGCCUCCGUGUCGUCAGCAACAGUAUCCUGCCCUUUCUCUGACAGCAAAAUACGCGUUACGGACUCUAAAUCUCUACAGAGGGGCGCCACGGACCUUAAACGGUGUAAAUAUGGGUUGUUUGGGCAACAGUAAGACCGAAGACCAGAGAAAUGAGGAGAAGGCUCAAAGAGAAGCAAACAAAAAGAUAGAGAAGCAGCUCCAAAAGGACAAACAGAUCUACAGAGCAACACACAGACUACUACUUCUAGGAGCUGGAGAGUCGGGAAAGAGCACCAUAGUGAAACAGAUGAGGAUCCUACAUGUCAAUGGCUUCAAUGCAGAAGAGAAGAAGCAGAAAAUCCAGGACAUUAAGAAUAAUAUUAAAGAGGCUAUCGAGACCAUAGUAACAGCUAUGAGUACCCUAACCCCACCUGUCCAGUUGGCAUGUCCAGAAAACCAGUACCGGAUUGAAUACAUCCUCAACUUUGUCAAUCAGAAGGACUUUGAUUUUCCAUCUGAGUUUUACGAUCACGCAAAGACACUGUGGCAAGACGAAGGCGUCCGGGCUUGCUAUGAGAGAUCCAAUGAGUACCAGCUAAUCGACUGUGCACAGUACUUUCUAGACAAGAUCGACAUUGUGAAACAGAGUGACUACACUCCAACAGAUCAGGAUUUGCUGAGGUGCAGAGUACUGACUUCAGGGAUCUUUGAGACGAGAUUCCAAGUGGACAAAGUUAAUUUCCAUAUGUUUGAUGUCGGUGGUCAAAGGGAUGAGCGCAGGAAAUGGAUUCAGUGCUUUAAUGACGUAACAGCCAUCAUCUUUGUGGUGGCCAGUAGCAGUUACAACAUGGUGAUCCGAGAGGACAAUCAGACCAACCGUUUACAGGAGGCCCUCAACCUCUUCAAGAAUAUCUGGAACAACAGGUGGCUGCGGACCAUUUCUGUCAUCUUGUUCCUAAAUAAACAGGACCUGCUUGCAGAGAAGGUGUUGGCAGGGAAGUCCAAAAUCGAAGAAUACUUCCCGGAAUUUGCUCGCUACACCACACCUGAUGAUGCGACGCCAGAACCUGGAGAAGAUCCGCGUGUUACAAGGGCAAAGUACUUCAUCAGAGAUGAGUUCCUGAGGAUCAGCACAGCAAGUGGAGAUGGAAGGCACUACUGUUACCCCCAUUUCACCUGCGCCGUCGACACAGAGAACAUCCGCCGCGUCUUUAAUGACUGUCGAGACAUCAUCCAGCGGAUGCACCUGCGGCAGUACGAGCUGUUGUGAUGGGAGAGGAAAGGUGUUAGGCCAAAAAGAUAAACCAGAUCGGACUAUGGAAGACGAAAAAGAAAUCCCUGAACCUGCGUCUCUGAACUCUUCUGCAGAAGUAUGAGGGCUCUUGUGACACAACAGGGGCCAAAACACACACGCACUUAUAGUAAACACGCCGUGAACCCAGAACUUCCCCUGAUGCAAACUCUCUACCUGAUGCAGAAUUUUUGAUGGAUGGGUUUGAGGGGCUUACACGUAAAACAGACUUCAGUCUUGACUUUCAGCCAUACUCCCAGCUCCUCACCUUUCGACAUUAUGUUAUCGUCACGUUACCUUCACCUUCCUUAAAAAAAAAAAAAAAAAGUGGCCCAGUCCGGACUGAGUUUCCUGCAGCGAGGGUUGGAGCUGCAGCUUGAGUUUUGUUCCCUUUUUUUUUUCCUCCCCUGAUUGGGCUGAAAACUAAGAGCUACUACUUCAGUGCAAUUGGGAAAGAGAUGAAUUACUGCAAAUGGAGAAUGAAUAUAUCACAGCAGAUCAACUGAACACUGUAUUUAAGAGAGACAGGAAAAAAAAAAAAAAAAAAAAAAGCACUGUGCUCAGGACUUUGACUCAAACCAUGUACACCAAACCUUCCUUUCACUUAGAGACUUCUUUAAAUCCAGUGGCUCUGCUUGCGCACACACAACAUAUCUCACCUGCUUUUUACUGGACUGCACAACAGGGGUCAAUCUGGCAACGCACGUACCUGCCGACGUUUCGUUGAGAUGCCGGCUAAUUUAUCUGGGUCGGUGCUUUUUGAGAUUAAACGGGCAGAGCUCAGCCGAGCCCAGAGGAGCAGCGUUACCACAGACUUAACCAGACCACGGGUGUGUUGGUGAGACUUCACUUGAGCAGGUGUUCACUAAAACGGGAUGGGAGCCAACUGCGAUUUGAAUUUCUCUGAUGGGAGGUGUCGGCCGUGAUUGACCGGGGCGCCAGCGGCUUCUCUACAGAACUGUUUUGCCACCUGACUUUGCCUUGUUGGUAUCGGAGCAUCACGUGAGGAGGAUAUAUUGAGUUUAAAACAAAAAGAACCAGAAAUGCCAACUUCUAUGGAACUUUCAAUGGAGGGCGACGGGCAUCCUUCAACAGUACAGUACCAUAUAAGUUAAAGAGAACUCUCAUCCUGUUAUACUGUCUCCACAGCUGUUUUUGUCUGUGUAGACUUUUGUGCCAUUGUGCCCUGUGCGCUCUUUCUUUAUCUCAACUCUUUGUCAUCCUUUUGUCACCCGUUCUCUACACGUUCUCCAUCUUUCGCCCACCCUCUUCACGCCACCUUUUCCAUUUGCACUUUUACCUUCCUGGCAGUGCUCUUUUGUUUUAAAGAGAAAAUAAGAUAUAUUAAUCUUGGAAUAUUAAAAACACAACAAAUGGGACUCUAUUUUUAUUUUUUUCUGCCCCCACCUGUGUGCUCGCACCUCCCUGCCAUUCCUCCCUCCACCAUUCCUCCUCUCCUCCCUUGUAUGUCUCUUUACUUUACUGCUGAACUAUUAUUCUUGUACAGACUGUAAAAUGUAUUAUUUUGUACAACUUUAUUGAGGAAAAAAUAACUUUUAGAAGAUCCCUGUGCCUUGAUCACGACUGUACGUGUGUAAUGAGCUAAAGUGGGUGUCAUACUGCGCUGUAUAGCUUGGCCAAUCCUCUCCCAACUCCCUGCCUCCCUCACUCUUACCUUCUCUCCCUUUCUUUAACCCCACCUCUCUCUCUUUCUCAGUUUCUCAGUCUAAUUCUUUCUCCUCUGUUCUCCUCUCCUUUCCUUGGAGCUGGUGGAUGACCAUUUGUAGCUUUAGUAGUGUUUUGGUUUUUUGGGUUGUUGGGGUUUUUUGUUUUUUUUCCUUUCAGCCUAUCUUUAUGAUUUAAUGUCAUUUUUUUUUUUUUUAUCCAUAUACCCCCAAAAAGAUAAAUAUGAAAUGUAUAUGGGUUCUAAAGUAUUUUAUUAGAAUCAAAUGAACCUUGACAAAUUGUACACUUGAUGGUGUGCAUAUUGCUAUAACUUAAUCCUUUCAACUGAAGUUGUUUGGGGUUUUUUUUUUUUUUUUGUUUUGUUUUGUUUUUGUUUGUUUUUUUCUUCCACACACUGAAGGGUUAUAAGUGGGAGGUGACAGAUGCAAAACAUUGCUUGUUUCUACACAUCGUUAUUGUUUUUGCAAAAAAAAGAAAAAAUGGCCAAAAAAAAAGACCAAUUUGUUUUUCUUUUCUGCUGAGGGGGGAGGGGGUCCUCCUGCCUAGCCUUGCACAGCAGAGGCAGCCUGUACAGUAUUAGCAUCUCUCAUUUCAGUGCCCUAGUCUCAUUUAAUGUGUACAUCAAAUAUGGGUCUACUUUCUGAAAAGGAGCUCUAUGAAAUAAAGAUUUUUUUUUCUUUUUU